AUGGCCGGGAGGAGCGAGGAGGCUCCAGAUCGCGGGCGCGGCGUCGUGAUCAAGGAUGACUGGCCCGGCUAUGACUUGAACCUGUUCACAUACCCGCAGCACUAUUACAGUGACCUGGAGUAUGUGCUUAUCCCACACGGCAUCAUCAUGGACAGAAUAGAGAGGCUGGCUAAGGACAUCAUGAAGGACAUAGGCUACUGUGACCUCAUGGUCCUGUGUGUGCUCAAAGGAGGCUACAAGUUUUGUGCUGACCUGGUAGAUCAGUUGAAGAACAUCAGCCGGAAUUCAGAUCGCUGUGUCUCUAUGAAAGUUGACUUCAUCCGCCUGAAAAGCUACCGGAACGAUCAAUGCAUGGAAGAGAUGCAGAUCAUUGGAGGAGAGGACCUUUCAACCCUGGCUGGAAAGAAUGUCCUCAUUGUUGAGGACGUCGUAGGGACGGGGAGGACCAUGCGGGCCCUGCUCAGCAGCAUCCAGAAGUACCAGCCCACCAUGAUCAAGGUAGCCAGCUUGUUGGUGAAGAGAACGCCCAGGAGCGACGGCUUCCGGCCCCACUAUGCUGGCUUCGAGAUUCCCAACUUAUUUGUCGUCGGAUACGCCUUAGAUUACAAUGAGUAUUUCCGAGAUCUGAAUCACAUUUGCGUGAUCAGCGAACAUGGGAAAGAAAAAUAUCGGGUCUAA